GAUGGACGGUAAAAGAGCCCCAGCAGCAGAUUUGAGGAGACCUCCAGCUCCUCCCACCUGCUCCUCCAGCCAAUCAGAGACAGCGGCAGGGUCGAGGUUCAGUCCUCUGGACAGAGCAGGCUUCCUGUCCUUCAGUACCAUGUCCUGGAUGACUCCUGUGAUGUGGUCCAUGUCCAGGAAACGGCUGGACUUCAGCUCACUCAGUCUGUCCCCUCUGGACGGAGCCGAUGCCAACGGAGACAGGCUUCAGAGACUCUGGGAACAGGAAGUGUGUGCGGUCGGUCUACAGAAAGCGUCUCUGACCCGAGUGCUGCUCUGCUUCCAGAGAGAUCGUCUGCUGCUCGUCCUCUGCGUCACCGUCCUCUUCAUGUUGGCUCUGUUUGUUGGCUCAGGCGUCCUGGUCCAUGAGAUCCUCAGCUAUGUCCUCCACCCGGAGUCAUCCUCGCUGUUGGGGGGCGUGGCUCUUUGUCUGGUUCUGGUCUCCGUGGAGCUCUUCAGGGUCGGCUGUCUCACUCUGAGCUGGGCCAUGAACCUGAGGACAGGCAUCAGGCUGAAGGCCGGGUUCUGUAUGCUGGGCUUCAACAAGAUCAUCUCUCUGAGGACGCACAGUGGAGUCUCCGUGGGACAGAUGGUGAACAUCCUGACCACGGACAGUUACCGUCUCUUUGACGCCGUCCUGUUGGGUCCAUUAGUUCUGCCGUUUCCUCUGCUGCUCAUCAUCUGCUCCAUCUACUCCUGCUACAUCCUGGACUACACCGCCCUCAUUGGCUUCUUCAUCUUCCUCAUCUUCAUCGUGCUGCAGUUUGUGUUUGCCAGGCUCAUCAAUAUGUUCCAGCAGAGAGCUUCACCUGUCACCGACAGUCGAGUCCGGACCACGAACGAGCUCCUCACCUGCAUCAAACUCAUCAAGAUGUACGUGUGGGAGGAAUCCUUCGAGAAGAAGAUCACAGACAUCAGGACCACAGAGAGGAGGAUUUUGGAGAAGGCUGCCCUCAUCCAGAACUUCAGUGUGACCAUGAGUCCCCUCGUCCCCAUCAUCGCCGCCACCUGCACCUUCCUGGUUCACACCUGGCUCGGUUUACCUCUCAGCACCAGCACUGCUUUUCCGGUCGUCACCAUCUUCAACUGCAUGAGGUUCAUUCUGUCCAUGUCUCCCACGGCCGUGAAGUUCCUGGCUGAGGCCGCCGUGUCUGUGGCUCGUCUGAAGAGGUUACUGCUGAUAGAGAAUCCAGAGUCCUAUGUCGUCCAGAAGACUGACUCCAGGUCAGCAGCCGUCAUCAUGGACAAGGCCACGCUGUCCUGGACCAAACCCCUCAGCACCUGCACCGCAGAGGACAGGGACGACCUGGUGAACAAAACCAGCCUCACUGAGGUGACGCCCACCCUGAGGAACGUCUCCUUCACCCUCAACAAGGGCAGGCUGCUGGGCGUGUGUGGCAACGUCGGCAGUGGGAAGACGUCACUGAUCUGCAGUCUGUUAGAACAGAUGCACCUGCAGCAGGGAUCGGUUUCGGUGGACGGAUCGAUCGCCUAUGCCUCCCAGCAGGCCUGGAUCUUCUAUGGGACAGUCCAGGACAACAUCCUGAUGGGGGAAACUCUGGACCAGUCCAGGUACAGCAGAGUCCUGAGGAGCUGUGACCUGGAGGCCGACCUCCACAUCCUGGCUCACGGGGAUCAGACUGUGUUAGGGGAGCAGGGCGUGAACCUUUCGGGGGGACAGAAACAGAGAAUCAGUCUGGCACGAGCCGUUUACGCCAACAAAGACAUCUACCUGCUGGACGACCCGCUGUCCGCUGUGGACGUCCACGUAGGGAAACGCAUCUUUGAGGAGUGCAUCAAGAAGGACCUGCAGGGGAAGUCUGUCAUACUGGUCACCCACCAGCUGCAGUACAUGGAGUUCUGUGAUGAGGUCCUGGUCCUGAAGGAUGGGUCAGUCCUGGAAACAGGAAGUCACGUAGACCUGAUGAGGAUGGAGGGUCACUACGCCGAGCUCAUCACCAAACACCUGAGGGAGCAGAGAACACCUCAGGAAGACCAGAAGAAGGAGGAGGCGGAGCUUAACUGCCACAUGGACAGAGGCAUCGUUAACCCAGUGUUCGACAUGUCAGACGAGAGCACCGCCGCACCGUCACCUGACAAACCUGCUGAUCAGCUGAUCCUCCAGGAGAACAGCACAGGAACCCUGGUCACCUGGAGAACGUUCAGAGGCUACAGCCAGGCAGCAGGAGGAUUCUGUGUGAGCCUCUUCAUCCUCCUCCUCUUCAUCAUCCUGAUCACUAAUGUAGCUUUAAGCUACUGGUGGCUCAGCUACUGGCUGUUCCAGGGACACGGGACCGCCAACGUGACAUCCUCUGAGCGAGGAAACGUCUCUGUGAACGCCGACCUUCCCUUCUACCAGCUGAUGUUUGGCGUGAUGAUCGUCCUCCUGCUGAGCGUCUGCACGAUCAAAUGUUUCUGCUACAUCAAGGUCACAUUUCACGCCUCCACCUCGCUGCACAACAGCCUGCUGAGGAAGAUCGUGGUGAGUCCGAUGAGUUUCUUCGACACGACUCCGACCGGACGCGUCCUCAACUGUUUCUCCAGGUAUCAGGAUGAGAUGGACUCUCUGGUCCCUCACCAUCUGAACGCCCUGCUCAUCUUCUGUCUGAUCGCCGUCUGCGUUUGCAUCAUCAACUCCAUCAUCUUCCCCGUCAUGCUGCUGCCGGUGCUCGUCCUCACCGCGCUCCUCGCCCUCCUCCUCUGGAUGUUCCUGAGAAACAUCUGUGAGUUAAAGAAGAUGGAGAACAUCAGUCGCUCUCCCUGCAUCUCUCUGUGCACCUCCAUCGCUCAGGGCCUCAGCACCAUCCACGCCUACAACAAGAUGCACAGCUACACACAGCUUGUGUGUGUGUGCACCUGUUUGUGUUGCAGGUUUAAGAGUCUCUCUGAUGUCAAUGCAAACCACUUCCUGCUCUUUAACUACGCCAUGCGUUGGCUCUGUUUCCUGGUCGACUCUCUGUGUGCCGUCAUGACGCUGCCGGUCGCUUUGCUCGUCGUCUUCAGCUCUAACGACGUCUGCAGCCCCCCCAUGAAGGCCCUCGCCCUGUGCUACAUCAUACAGCUGACGAGUAACUGUCAGUAUAUGAUCCAGUCGCUGAUGGAGGUGGAGGCCAGGUUCAUCUCUGUGGAGCGGGUGCUGGAGUACAUCACGGGCUGUGAGUCAGAGGGCUCGAGGCAGCGGCAGAUGGAUCAGGUCUCAGAGGACUGGCCUCAACACGGAGCAAUCACCUUCCUGGACUAUACAAUGAGGUACAGGCCGAACUCACCCAUCGUCCUCAAUGGGCUACAGAUCCACAUCAGAGCCGGGGAGAAGCUGGGCAUCGUGGGAAGGACCGGCUCCGGGAAGUCGUCUCUGGCCGUGGCUUUGUUCCGACUGGUUGAACCAGCAGCAGGAAGCAUCCUGAUCGACGGAGUGGACGUCACGUCCAUCGGCCUGUCUGACCUGCGCAGAAAACUCUCCAUUAUCCCCCAAGACCCAGUGCUGUUCACCGGGACCGUGAGGUACAACCUGGACCCUUUCAACAGCUACAGUGAUGAGGAGAUCUGGGCAGCUCUGGAGAAGACCUACAUGAAGGACACGGUCUCUGGUCUGCACGGGAAGCUGCAGGCCCAGCUGACGGACAACGGAGGGAACUUCUCUGUGGGACAGAGGCAGCUGAUGUGUCUGAGCAGAGCUCUGCUACGAAACUCUAAGAUCAUCCUGUUGGACGAGGCCACGGCGUCUGUUGACGCAGAGACGGACGCUCUGAUCCAGAUCACCAUCAGAGAGGCCUUUCAGCACUGCACCAUGCUCACCAUCGCUCACCGCAUCAACACGGUGCUGCAGGCGGACCGCAUCCUCGUCCUCAACCACGGACAGGUCGUAGAGUUCGAUCAUCCACACGUGUUGCAACAGAGACCAGACUCACUGUUCUCCUCUCUGCUGACUGCUGCCAACUCUGUGAUGUCCUGAAGCCCUUAAAUGCACCACAGCAUGAACCCCAGCAGGAUGACAGGACUUUGAGCAGUUCUCAGAUCAAGUCUGUUUCAGUGUAAAUUUAUGGCCUGUUUAAAUUUGUAUUUAUUGUUUUCACUGUGGCAUUUAUAACAAAUAAAACAUCAGCUGCUGAACUUCAGCUUCUUCAGA